ACCGCUCUGCAGGAUGACAAGCGGCUGCUGCCUCUCCAAUUGGUUGGGAUUGCCACCAAUCAGAAGGCAGGCAUGUAAGGUGCCUUUAGGUUAUACCCAACCCCAAAAAAACCAAGAAGGCAGUGCAGGAGAGAGAGAGUGAGUGUGAGAGAGAGAGAGAGAGAGAGAGAGAGAGCAGCGCAUGAGGAGAGCAGGCACUAGCUUGACAGUGCUCCUGAGGCAUUUCCACGGACUCUAAGCUCUGAGAGAGAGAGAAAGAGAGAGAGAGAGAGAGAGAGAGAGAGAGAAGGAGAGAGAGAGAGAAAUGCUCCUGGUGAGACGGAGCAGCCCAUCGAGCGUCCACUGAGGAGCCCUGCUUGUGCUUGUGCCGCCGCCACUGCUGCUGUCUCUGCUGCUGUCUCUGCUGCCACUAUUGCCAGCUCGUUUUCCCGCCGUCCUCCGGAGCGGAUUUGCCACCUUCCCUCAGUAACAGGCACCGGUUGACUUCACUCCUCGUUUCUAAACAGUCUUUUUUUUGUCUUCCUUUCUCUUCUCUUGGAUUUUUUCUUUUCAUUUCUUUUUUUUUCUGUCUUUUUUUGGACGGUGGUCUUUCUUUGUGCUUCUGUCCCUCCCCCUCUUGAACUGCCCUCUGUCUCACCUGAGUGAGCACUACUGCAGACCCCCUCCUCCCCUUCCAACCACCCUCCCCCCCCCACCCCCUCUACCCCAACACACACACUCACACACACACACACACACACACAAGAGUACUGCUGUUCACCUGGAGAGGGCAGAACUCAAGGGACACAAUGGACAACAGCAGUAGCUAUGCUCCCCCCUACGUAGUUUUGGGCGCUUGACUUGUCUCCUUACCUUUGGUGGAGGGAGAGAGAGCGCCACACGCGACACCACAGGCGCACUAAAGGAGCUGAUCUUUUGAGGCAGUGUCUCCACGAGGAGGCACGAAUUCACACACGCACCAAACACGAGAGGAACGGGUGCCUUGAAAACGGACGCCAGGACUAGACGGCUUUGUUUUCAUUGUGAAAGAUGAUUUUAGGAAGCAUCAACCGGACGGGGGCAGUCCCCACGUUUCUGAGGACCCCCACGGUGCUCCAGCCCCACUUGGACAUGAAACCCUUCCUGCAGUUUCCCAUGGAGACGGCCCCACCUCACAGCGUGGGGCUCUUCCCCAACUUCAAUGCGAUGGACCCUGUGCAGAAGGCAGUGAUUAACCACACCUUUGGAGUUCCAUUGGUCAAGACCAAGCGGCCCAUAAUCUCCUGCAACGUCUGCCAGAUUCGCUUUAACUCUGAGAGUCAAGCAGAAGCUCACUACAAGGGGAACCGCCAUGCCAGACGGGUCAAAGGCAUUGAGACCUCCAAGAGUCGCCCACAGGAGAGCGAUAAGCCUCCCCCUGGGCCCACCUCCUCCCCAUCACCUCCAGGCCCAGCGGCCUCCUCGCCAGAGUCUGACCCCGGCAAAGCAGAUGAGCCGCGGGCCGUGGUCAUGCUGAACGGGCCCCACCUGGCGCCGGGGCCCAGCCCGCUCUCCGCUCCCCCCACCCCGGACUCCCCUGGCCCCUCCGUGUGCCCGCUUCCGCCCCCUACCCCCUCCUCCUCCUCCUCCUCCUCCUCCUCCACCACCGUGCAGCCGCCCGCCUCCUCCACUUCCCCAGGCUGUGGCUCCGUGUCCGGCAACCCCGAGCAGGUCGCUGGGGCCCCUGGAGCGCCCGCCACGGCCCCCGGCACCCCCGAGACCGAAGAGGACAAAGCCAAGAAGCUGCUCUACUGCUCCCUGUGCAAAGUGGCUGUCAACUCCCUCUCACAGCUCGAGGCCCACAAUAAAGGCACCAAACACAAAACCAUUCUGGAGGCGCGGAGUGGGCUGGGCCCCAUCAAGGCGUACCCCCGUCUGGGCCCCAAGCCCAGUGGCGAGCAGGGCGGAGGCCCCACUGACCCCAACACUCAGGAACGCACCUUCCACUGUGAGAUCUGCAAUGUGCGGGUCAACUCUGAACUGCAGCUCAAACAGCACAUAUCAAGUCGACGGCACCGUGAUGGAGUUGCUGGGAAACCCAACCCUCUCCUCAGCAGGCACAAGAAGCACAGGGGAGCUGACCUCACGGUAUGCCAACCCCUAGCCUCCGUCUCAGCAGGACUACCCCAAACUCUAUGGAGAAAGCAGAACUGGACAGAAGGCCUUAGUUUAUAUUCCUCCCUGUCCUUCUCUCAGGAUCUCACCAAAGCUCUGGGUGCCGGUCUCCUGCCCAGCCCACUGGCGGUGGCGGCGGCCAUGGCGGCAGCGGCCUCCUCCAACCCGCUGGCCCUGCGGGCGGCCACGGCCGCGGCGCCCCACCCACACGCGCACCACCUGCUCCAGGGCCCGCCGCUGAGCCACGCCAUUCUGCGGCCUGCGCCCGGCCCCAUCCGCACCUCCCACGGCCCCAUCCUCUUCUCCCCGUACUGACACCGCCCUCUCUCUGCGCCGCCUCCAGCCAACCCCAAACACACCCACCCGCCCAGACCCAAACCACCCACCAGCCUUCCCGUCCACCACCCGACCUGAUCCCAGCCCUGGAACCCCACAAACAACACACAACGAGGCCAGUCAGUAGCAGCAACACCACCCCCCCCACCCCCAGAAAAAAACAUAAAAUAAAAACAAACAAACAAACAAAAAAAAACCUGACGUAUAAAAGCACACUGUGAAGAGAUCAAAUCAACCAAUCAGCGCAAUCAGUCAGAGAGAGAGAGAGAGAGAGAAAGAGAAAGAGAGUGGGUGAUGGAGACGGAGGAGAAGAGAUCAUCUGAAAUGAGGAUUGUCGUCCCCCUCUCUCCCCACGGGCACCAGGCUCCAGCUGACAGGGUGAUUGGCAGGAGGAGGAAGAGGACGAGAGGGGAGAGUGCCGCAAUGGAGGAAGGAAGGCCCAGAAGACAUCACAGCUUGCCUUCCCUCUCCCUAACCCUUGCACACACACACCUCCUUAUUGUCCUUAUACACACACAAAUAAACACACACACACACACACACACACACACAUACACAUACACACACUGUGAGAUGGUAGCAGCUCAUGUUGGAUACCUGAGAUGCAGGUAUCUGUGGAGACCAUGAGACAUGCUUCCUCCUAGAGACGCUAAACCCGCACACAGACGUUGCAGACACGCAGCGGUUUGACGUCAACAUGCGGAACUGUCCGUGGCGUCGCCCUGUCGCAGGGGUUUAAUCGUUGUCCUCCUCUGCCCUAUGCACCUCAGAAAAUAGAAGAGGAAACAAACAAAAAAAAAUGAACAAAGAGGGAAAAAAACUAACAAAAAAAUCAACUGUUCCGAUUCAACACGUCAUGUCCGUAGGGUUUAGCUGCUUUAAGUGGUCUCUUGCGCUGUGAUCGACUCGUGCCCAUGUAUAGCUUCGGCCUCCGCGGGGACGUGGAGCCUCGUGUGUCUUCCUGGGUCUCUGCCGGUGGAGGGGACAGAGAGGAGGGGGGAGGCCGCCCUCAUAGAAGCAACCCAGUCAGACCUCAUCAACCACUCCAGCCCCUGACAAGGUGUGACAUGGAGGGGAGACAGGGAUGGGGGGGGGGGCAGAGGGAUGGAGAGACACAUGGAGAGAGAGGGCCGCCGGGGAACAAAUUCUCCCAUAAGGGGAUGUGUGUGUGGGGGUUGGGGGGAGCAGGAGUAGGGGGCGUGCAGGGUGAGGGCUGAUCCCAACACCGGGGUCAAUGGAGAAACGACAGCCUGGAGGUGUGGGGUGCUGAUAGUGCAGCGCCGCUUCCGAGUUAAAGACAGCAAUGUCAAAUACAAACAGGCCCGCGAGGCUGGUGGAACGUGUCAGGCUUCAUAGCAAUCAAACUGCAGUCUGUGAGGAGAGAGAGAGAGAGAGAGAGGAAGACAGACAGAUGAGGGCGCCAUCUUGUAUGUUCCCCGUGUCACUCCCAUCUCAGAGCUACACACAUCUUCUGUUGGCAGAAACGCACCCUAACGAAAAAACAAAUCUCUUUUUGGAUAUAAAAAUGGACAAACAGUUGACUUCUAUUUAUUCUAUUGUAUAGAGUAGAAUAGUUUGAAUUCUUUUGUUUUCAAGCCUGUUGAUAUCAGUGAAAUGGAACUGAAAAAUAACUGAACUAGUGAGGAUAGCUUAGCUGUCGGUAGAUUGAGAAUGGCAUCCAUCAGUAGCUGAACCUGGAGUAAAGCAAGAGUAGGCUUCUUCCAUUUGGCAGUCUGGAUCAUAUUGUAUAUAUCAGCGAGACACAGGGAAACCAAGCACACGUCAAAACAGCCUCUUCUUGUUCCCCUCUCUGCUGAGAGGUGAUUUAUGCAACACACAGCGACCCACCCCUACCAGAAGCUUUUACCAGCAAUAGUAUCCCCCUUGUGUGUGUGUAUGUCUGUGUAAGUCUGAGUGUGUACGGGUGUGUGCCUGUGUGGAUCUCUUAUCUCCCAUUCUUCAAUUUACCCCAGAGUCCCACCCUUGUCAACCCCUAACGCAGUCAUGGCCGAGAAGGGAGUAGGAGUCGGCAAUGACCUUGGAAACUCGAGGUCAUCAUAGAGGCUACACUGUGAGCAAAAGGAGAGAGAUCUCUACGAGACAAACAGAAACAGAGAAUAGAUUUAGUUUUACAAAGAGGGUUGAAAAAUACAUGUGUUGAAAUACGGGAAUUAAAGCAAGAGACU